GAGAAAGGGAGAGAGAAAAAAAGGGGGAGAGAGAGAGGCGGACAGAGAGAGCCAUUCAGCCUUGUGCUCUAUGCUCUCCACUGAAGCCGAUGUUCAGCGCUCUAAACAGCCUCCGUCGGACUCAGACGAAGCACAUGGACGGAACUAGGAGUUCUCCUGCGCCGGUACACAGCCAGGAAGAGCCGUAGCCUGCCGAGCUAACCGCGCUGAGCUGCUGGUGGCAGUGGCAGUGGUGGGGGUUAACGCUGGUGUACCACCGGGCUGAGGGACCGAGCGGUCUGAUGCUGCAGAAAAUUCGCCAUUGUUCGGAUGUGCGAGGCGCCGCGCAGCAGCGUUGGGAAUCGAGCAAAAGUAGCACAAGACCGCCCUUUCGACGCAGAGCGAAGCUAGGAUGACUGCAGCACUGCCCUGCGUCCUUUUCCUCCUCCUCAGCAUCCAGACCGUGGCUCCGUUUCAGGUGACGUUACGGGAUGACAACUUCAUCUUUAUAACCUUGGAACCCUCUGACAUGAGGGAAAACGUCACUGCAUAUGCUGCCAAGAUAUCUGGGGAGCCACAUAGCCACAUCCUGCCCUUCCAGAGUGCCAACAGUAGCCAACUGGCUUCAGCUACUCUCCUUUAUAACACCUCCUACCAUGGGCUCUGCUACACCAUCAGCCUCCUGACGGGCAAUGCCUCUACCUGGUCCAGACCAGACAAAUCUGUGGCUCUGCUCACAAAGCCUCUCCCUUUAGAGAGUGUGCAGAUUUCAGACUACCGGGGAGCUCCAGAGACUGGAGUAGUGUUCGAGCUCAGCUCCCCUGAGAGGAACACCUUCAGCAGAGUGAACAUCAGCUACUUUGAGGGCCGCGAGCAGCGAUCUAUGCUCUACAAAGAUUUCCUGAAAGGAAAGACCGUUUUCAAACACUGGCUGCCUGGAACGUGCUACAGCAAUAUCACCUUCCAGCUGAUCUCAGAGGCCACUGUCAACAAAAGCACCUUGGUGAAGAAGAGUGAAGUGACCCAUGAGCCACGUCACCACAGGACAGUACCCAGCCCUCCUCUCAACGUAUCUCUGAAGAUUGUUCACCUCAGUGGAAGAGGCUUGCCGGUGACUCACUUGCGUGAGACCGUGCAGAAGGCAGCCCAUGAAUCCCCUUUUUCACGCAAAACCCGCGACAUCCCCCUAAUAGAGGAGCAGGAAGAGACGGAUAUUCAGGAACGAGAACAGGAGCCGGAUCCUGAAGAGGGGGCUAAUACGGUUACCCAACAGCCCCACAGUAUAAAUAGCAGCUUAGCACAAGUUAUGAGCACUGCUGAAUACACAACUACUGAAGAAAAUGUCAACAUAAACUUCAGUAACACUUCAGCAGAUGAGAACACGACGGAUGCCUCAUGGCCAGAGCCCACAGGAAGUCCUUCUCCAACUGAAGAUGAGUUUGUGAAUGCAGUUGUCCCGGAGUAUGAGGACUCAAACGAGCCAGGUUCAGCCAUGGACCUCACCCCAGAGCCCACAAUCAUGCCCACUAAACUGCCCCCAAUUCUGCUGGAGCUCCGCUGGCUGCCCCCUCGCCCUCCCACCACAUUUGAUGGCUUCAAUAUCUACAUCUAUCGAGAUGGUAACUCAACGGAGAUGGCCACUGUGGACGAAAACACUCACGAAUUCUUUACUGAGCUGUCUGAACCUGGAACAUACCGCGUGCUGGUCACCACAAUUAGCUCCUCAGGAGAUUGUGAGCCUAGAGAGAGCGCUCCACACACAGGAUUCACCUUCUACCUCAGCCCCACAGGUGAAUGGCUGCAGCAGCCGACAGAGCGUCCGCAGGCAGUUAGCGUGAAGAUGCUGGGAACAAGCACUGCCUCCGUUUCCUGGGCUCCGUCCGCUCAGAGCCACAACGGCAGCCUGGUGUCAGUGCUGUCUUUGACCUGCCUCAAGCCCAGCCCCAGCCAGCGCAUGGAGAACACCUACUGCUCUGAGGAAAACACCACCAGUGACAUCAUCACUAAUCUGACCCCCGGUGCUCAGUACAGAGUAGUGGUGUAUCACACCAACGGACCCCUAAUUAGCCCCGCCUCUGAACCAGUUAUUAUUGAUAUAGAGCCAACGGGAGUGCGGGACCUAGUGGUGUAUCCACUGAGUCCCACAGCAGUCAUACUGAGUUGGCAGAGGCCGUACAAUGUAGCCUUCCGCAAGUAUGUGCUGCAAACUUUCUUUUUCAACUCUGCUACGCAGACUUCCCAGUGGACCACCUACUACGAGAUUGCAGCUACAGCCUCCGUCAUUGCCUCUGUGAGAAUAACAGACCUGUUGCCUGCAUGGUACUACAACUUUCGAGUGACCAUGGUGACCUGGGGUGACCCACCACUCAGCUGCUGUGAUGGCUCUACCUUGAGCUUUAUUACUGCUCCUGAGGCCCCCCACAUCUCCUCAGUGGAUUAUUCCCAUGGGGUCUUGUAUGUACGCUGGACCUACGGGGACCUCUUCACUGAUCUCUCUCACUCCAGAAUGCUCCACUGGCAGGUAGUGGCGGAGGGCAAGAAGGGCUCUAAGAGACGCUUCUCUACAGACGUGACACGUAACAUGAUGAAGGCCACGCUAGCUCUCCCUCCUGGCGACAUCUAUAACCUCACGGUCACCGCUUGUACUGAGCGUAGCCACAACACCUCCACACCCCACAUCAUGAAACUGGAGCCAGCACCUCCCAAGUCGCUGUACGCAGUCAACGCCACUCACUCCGCCGUCACUUUGCUCUGGACUGAGGAGGGAGUGGUGGACUUCUACCAAAUCAGCUGCAAACAACUCGGUACCAACAAACAACUCAAGGCUGUCGAGCCACAGACUGCUGUCUCUCAUGUUCUCACUGUGAGCAACCUACAGCCCUCCACCUCCUACAACUGCAGCGUGACCAGCUACAGCUACAGCACACCCAGCGAGCCUGCCUACAUCACCAUCUCCACCCUAGCCCAGGAGAUGAACCCCAGUGUAGCUGCUAUCUCAGCGCUGGCUGUGCUCAGUGUGUUGCUCAUCAGCCUGCUGGUGCUCUUCUUGCUGGUGCUGCGCAAAAAGCACAUGCAAAUGACCAGGGAGUGUGGAGCAGAAACCUUCGUCAACUUUGCCUCUUUCGAGCGAGAUGGAAAACUUCCCUACAACUGGCGAAGGAGCCUCUUUGCCUUCCUUACUCUUCUGCCAUCCUGCCUUUGGACUGACUAUCUUUUGGCUUUUUAUAUUAAUCCGUGGAGCAAGACUGCUCUAAAGAAAAGGAAGCUAACAAGCCCAGUGCAGUUAGACGACUUUGAGGCUUACGUCAAAGACAUGAGCAAAGACUCCGCAUACAAGUUUUCGCUGCAGUUUGAGGAGUUGAAGAGCGUCGGUCUAGACCUUUCCCACGAUGCUGCAGAUCUGCCAGUAAACAGACCCAAAAACCGCUACACCAACAUCUUGCCCUAUGACUUCAGCCGAGUGAAGCUUAUCUCUAUGCACAAUGACGAAGGCUCAGACUAUAUUAAUGCCAACUACAUUCCAGGUUAUAAAUCGCCUCGAGAGUACAUUGCCACGCAAGGGCCACUCCCGGAGACACGCAACGAUUUCUGGAAGAUGGUGCUGCAGCAGAACUCGCACGUCAUCGUCAUGUUGACUCAGUGCAACGAGCGCAGGAGGGUGAAGUGUGAUCACUACUGGCCAUUUACAGAUGAGCCUGUGUCGUAUGGGGAGAUCACAGUGGAGAUGCUAUCUGAGAGUGAGUCUCCUGAGUGGACCAUCAGGAACUUCCGACUGGGCUAUGCAGAUGAGACGCAGGAUGUGCUGCAUUUUAACUACACAUCAUGGCCUGACCACGGGGUGCCCACGGUCAACGCCAUCGAGAGCAUCCUACAGUUUGUGCAGAUCGUCCGUCAGCAAGUCAACAGGACUAAAGGACCAGUUAUAGUGCACUGCAGUGCUGGAGUUGGCAGGACAGGCACGUUCAUCGCUCUGGACCGCUUGAUGCAACACAUCCGGGAGCAUGAGUACGCUGAUAUUUUGGGCAUGGUGUCUGAGAUGCGCUCCCAUCGACUCUCCAUGGUGCAAACAGAGGAGCAGUACGUCUUCAUUCAUCAGUGUGUCCUGCUUAUGUGGAAGAAGAAAAAACAGCAGAGUCUCAGCAGUGACGUCAUCUAUGAGAACGUCACCAAGUCUUAAUGGCGCCCAGGAUAAGCUGUGGCGAUGCACUUCACUCUCCUUUGCUUCAGGCAUUUGUUCUCUGCUUAGAGGCCUACAACAUAAACACCAAAAAAAGAAAAAAGACUGCAGCCAAGGAGAGAAAGACGCCAUCCAAGUACCCCCAUUCUGUUGUUUGAAUUGGUGAAAGCAUGACGGGACAAAACAUUUGCCUUAAGGAACCUACAUCACCAUCCACAAGCCAGAAUACUUUCUACAACUCUUGCCAAGAGUACAAAGAGUAACUGCAGAAGUUUUAGAUGGAGCCUUUGAGGUGAGAGCAUGUUGAAGCGCUGGCACCCUCUAGUGGAGGCAAGAGACAGAACUUGGUUUAUCGUUAGCCUGUUAGUUUUUAAUCUCAGGAGUUAUCCGCAUACCCUGCAAGCAGACACGGCCGUGCCCACAGCAGAGGGGAGAGGAGGACCGCGCGCUUGUCUGGGGGUUAGUCUCCGAGUUUGUUUUAGGCUGUUGUAGAGUGUAAUUUCGUGUGCUCGUUUCACACACAUCGUACGUACACAUGGAAUAGUGUUAGUAUUCAUUGCCUUGGUUUCUGCAGCUGCAUCGUGCUAAAGCGCUAGCACCAGCUGGCGUCAGACUCUGUCACACUGCCACUCCCCAUAGGGGAACAUUCCGUACAAGUGAAGUGUGUAUGUGUGUAUGCGUGCGUUAUCUACUGCUGUAAUACUUUCUCCACAUACUACUCUUCGGUACUAGGGCCCGAUUGGAUGGAGGAUUUGUUGAGGUGACGAGGCACGGUACAAAACUGCCCACGUUCGGUACUGAAUGAUUUGCACUGUAUUAUCUGUACUGUAUGCUAAGCUGUGCUGACUGCCAGCUGCGUUUCUCCACUGUGGAGAGCGUUACUGAGCUACAGCAUCUGCCCUUGCAGCAUCUCCUCCUAGCUGGAUGGCUUCACUGGUUCUGUAGUAGAAAAACAAGAUCAAGCAGAGCAGCAAAGUUUGGACAAUGCGAUUGGACUACCAGAGCUUUCUCUUGGUCAUGAAGUGGAAGUGCAGUGGACCACCCUGAAGCUGUGGGAAGCCUCCAGAGCAGGAAUGUGCAUAUCAGUCUUCUCGUACGUGAUCAACGCUGGCUGAUGCCGAGACUGGGAAUACUCGCAAAAAAAAAAGAAAAGGGAACUCCCAAGAUUUGUUGAGGCUGGCUCAACCUAAUGUAAACCUGAACAGCUCUGAUUUACACGGACAGACAUAUCUGUUAAAGUAGGGAUGCAUGAUGAGGAUGGUGUCCUUCACAUAUGGGGAUCUGAUGGUGAAGCUGUUAUCACCCAUAUUUAUGCUUACAUGUAAGAAAUGUGCAACAGCAGUAUUUGCAACCAAUGUGGAAUCAGCUGUAUCGGUUCAGAAGUUUCAUAUUGGUACAUCCUCUCAACUUUCCUUUUCAAGUUUCUUGAGGUUCGCACAGCAGUGACUCAAUGUAAAUUCUCUAUUGCUAUACACUGAAAAUUUCCCAGUGCCAGUAUAGCACUACCAAUACUUGAUUACGUCCUGACAUUACAGGUACUGUACUUAGUCUUAUGAUUCAACUAGAGUCUCUUGACAAUGUUUUGCACAUGUUAUAUACUGAGGUAUAACAUACAUACUGAGACAUAGUCCAGUCUAUUAAAGCAAAUGUAUGGCUGUCACUGGCAUUGAGGGUUUUAAUCCCAAUAGAAUAAUAAUUAAUUUUAGAAAUUAGAUACAGAAUCCCUUAGAUUUUUGCCGGUAUCGAACAGUAUAAGGUACAAUGCACUGUCACAACAGAUCUCACCCACACAUUAUCAGACAUGCCUGCUUAAUCAGUAUGAUCUGCUGGAGUCCACAAGUGGCACCAGCAUUUGGCUACAUGUGCAAAGACUUCAAAAUAAUGGCAUGUCGUUCAGCUUGUGCUAAACGAUUUGGAUAAAAUCCGUCUUUGAAGUGUUUACAAAUUCAACAUCAAUUGGGUGUUUAUCGUUGGCCUCUUUUCCACUCGAGCCAAAUGGAUCUCAGGGCUGCUCUGCGCUAGUCCGGAGUAGUGAGACCGGUUACGGUGUCUUUUUUUUUAUCGGUUGUGCCGCUAAAUCAGAACCAGGACAAAAUGAAGAAAACUACACGAACGAGUGGCUAACUGCUGACAGACUAAUAGCUACUCGCACACCCAUAGAUAAAACCACAUGCAUUCUGUCGGUCACUCUACCUCCAGUUUCUCGGCGUGCUCUCAUCAUCUUUAUCCUCUAAACGGGUGUUAUUAGGUCUUCAGUUAGUGAAACAGCCGGUACUGUGGUGGGUUUCAUCUGUAGCCGGGUAACUGCAGUAUCAUUAGCGCCGUCCAGCAGGCUGCAGCUCAAAGACCCGCAGAACGGUUCUGAUAGUAUCUUUUUGUUACUUCAACAUCAGACUUUCGAGUUUGUGCUGUCAGACACGAGCCCGUGCUGCAGUGGGAGGCACCGUACACUCGCGUUAGCUUGUAAGUUGUAGGUUUUUGUCACUGUCUAUACUUGUGGUAGCGGGGCAGUUAGUCGAAUUAAACCCGUACUGGGGUGUUUGGAUCUCUUUACCAAGUUAGCUAGGAGAAAGGAGGACCCAGACACCAGAGAACAGGGUUAAUUUCGACUUUCUGUUCGUUUGAAGUCACUUCCUCAGAUUAUCAUUAUCAUUUAAAAUUGUCAGUAAAGCUCUUGUUAGUCAGAAUCGAAUCUGUUUUGUGGUGAGCAGAGCUGGUAGCAUGCUAGCUAGCUAGCUAAGCUAAUGCUACUGGUUAGCAUUUAACAUUUAGAAAUUGAUGUUAGAUUGAAGCUUUGACGUUUAUUGAAUGGCGGAUUUCAAGUCGUACAUGGCUUUCACUUAUAUGGCUUCCAUGUAUGUAAACUGAACUCGUUUCAUUUGUUUGGAAUAACGCCGCUGGAUGCAGUGUCAAAAGUACGGAGCCCGGUAGGGGUCACUAACGAGAAAAGGAAAAUCUGUCCCCG